GACAGAGAGCCAAGAGACAGAGAAGAGGAGAGUCGUGGAGUGCCAAGCUCCUCUGCUGGCUGCAGGCUGUGUUGUUGUUGUCGUUUGGGGGUCAAGAUGAGCAGCCCGUGCCUGCUGCGCGCUGCCCCUAUAAGCCAACCCCGGCUCAGAGAGGUCAAGAUCAGCCUGAAGGCCAGCGGCAGGGAGACCGCAGCCAACCGGAGCAGCAGCGGAGGCACCAAGGAGGCUGCCAGCCGGCCCUAUGCCCCGGCAGAGAAAGAGGCCCCCGUUCGGGUCGGUGUGAGCAUCAGCCGGAGCAGGAGCACCCCGCCGGUCCACCGGGCCCAGAGAGCUGAAAGCAGGAAGACAACUAGGGGCAGCAGCAGCAGCAGGAAGCAGCAGGAGCCUGAACACCACCCGGAGAAGAACGGCACACUCCUGCAUGUCCCGGUUGCCGUGGCACCAGCGGGACUCUCCCCCCUCUCAUCAUCCUCUUCCUCAUCCUCCUCCUGCACCCCCAGACGUCAGCGGCCCUCUCACCCUCACCCUCACCCUCACCAUCCCCCCGCCCACCUCUCCUCCUCCUCUUCCUCCUCUGCUAAAAGUAUGAAGCGGGCGCGCUGGCUGAGUUACAGCACCUCCAACAUCUGCUUCAACUCCAUCCUGGAUGGACGCUUCAGGCAGCUGCAAGAUGAGCGCGAGGCAGUUCAGAAGAAGACCUUCACUAAAUGGGUCAACUCGAUCCUGUCCCGGGUCGGCUGUCGUAUCUCUGACCUCUACCUGGACCUGCGGGAUGGACGCAUGCUCAUUAAACUGCUGGAGGUGCUGUCUGGCGAACGACUGCCGAAACCCACUAAGGGCCGAAUGCGUAUCCACUGUUUGGAGAAUGUGGACAAGGCUCUGCAGUUCCUCAAAGAGCAGAGGGUCCACCUGGAGAACAUGGGCUCCCACGACAUCGUCGACGGAAACCAUCGCCUUAUCCUCGGCCUCAUCUGGACCAUCAUCCUGCGCUUCCAGAUCCAGGACAUCAUUGUGGAAACGGGCCAGGCGGACAAGAAGGAGACGCGCUCAGCCAAGGACGCUCUUCUUCUGUGGUGUCAGAUGAAAACGACGGGAUAUCUCAAUAUCAACAUCAGAAACUUCACCACCUGCUGGAAAGACGGCAUGGCCUUCAACGCUCUCAUACACAAACACCGACCAGAUCUGGUGGACUAUAACAAUCUGAAAAAGUCCAACCCGACCCACAACCUCCAGAGCGCCUUCAACAUAGCAGAGCAGCAGCUUGGCGUGACCAAACUGUUAGACCCCGAAGAUGUGUUCACAGAGAACCCAGAUGAAAAGUCCAUCAUCACGUACGUCGUGGCAUUUUACCACUACUUCUCGAAGAUGAAGCAGCUCGCCGUCGAGGGCAAGAGAGUUGGAAAGGUUCUGGAUCACGCCAUUGAGACGGAGAAGAUGAUCGACAAGUAUGAGACGCUGGCGUCAGACCUGCUGCCGUGGAUCGAGCAGACCAUCGUCGUGCUGAAGAACCGGAAACUUGCCAACUCGCUGACUGGAGUCCAGCAGCAGCUUCAGGCCUUCAACACCUACCGCACUGUAGAGAAGCCGCCCAAGUUCCAAGAGAAAGGAAACCUUGAAGUGUUGCUGUUCACCAUCCAGAGUCGGAUGAGGGCCAACAACCAGAGAGUCUAUACGCCUAAAGAGGGCGCCCUGGUGGCGGAAAUCAACAGGGCCUGGGAGCGUCUGGAGAGGGCGGAGCACGAGCGGGAGAGCGUCCUGAGAGACGAGCUGAUCAGACAGGAGAAGCUGGAACAGAUGGCGAGAAGAUUCGCAAGGAAGGCGGCCAUGAGGGAGACCUGGCUGCUGGAGAACCAGAGACUCGUGGCUCAGGAUAACUUUGGUUAUGACCUGCCAGCAGUGGAGGCAGCGAAGAAAAAGCACGAUGCCAUCGAGACGGACAUCUCUGCGUAUGAGGAGCGUGUUCAGGUCUUGGUGAACAUCUCAAAGGAGCUGGAGUCUGAGCGAUACCAUGACACUAAACGCAUCGACGUGCGAAAAGACAACAUCCUGCGCCUGUGGGACUACCUGCAGGACCUGCUGACGUCUCGUAGGGCGCGUCUGGAUAAAAACCUGACCCUGCAGAGGAUCUUCCAGGAGAUGCUUUACAUCAUCAGCUGGAUGGAUGACAUGAAGGCUCGCCUUCUGCCUCCUGACCUUGGGAAACACUUGCUUGAAGUGGAAGACCUGUUACAGAAACACGCUCUGUUGGAGAAUGACAUCGCUCUGCAGGCGGAGAGAGUGCAGAAGGCCAGUGCUGCAGCUCUCAAGUUCGCCAACGGAGAUAGCUACAAGCCAUGUGAUCCUCAGGUGAUCCGUGGCCGGGUGCAGCACCUGGACUCGUGCUACCAGGAGCUCUGUGCCCUGGCAGCCCAGCGGAGGGCUCGCUUGGAGCAGUCCCGCCUCUUCUGGAACUUCCUGUGGGAGGUUGCGGAGCUGGAGAGCUGGAUCAGAGAGAAGGAGCACAUUUUCUCCUCCUUGGAUUAUGGAAAGGACCUGACGAGCGUGCUGGUGCUCCAGAGCAAACACAACGCCUUCGAGGACGAGCUCGGAGCCCGCCACGCCAACCUUGACCAAGUCAAGUCCGAAGGAGAGAAGAUGAUCGAGGCCAAGCACUAUGGCUCCCCGAAGGUUCAAGAAUGUAUGGACGACAUCAAGAGGCAAUGGCAGCAGCUGGAGGAACUGGCUGCGUUCAGGAAACAGAACCUCCAGGACACCCAGAGGUUCUUCCAGUUUCAUGGAGACGCUGAUGAACUCAAGGCCUGGUUGCUGGACACAAAGAGGCAGAUGAGCAGCGAUGACGUGGGCCACGACGAGUACACCACCCAGCGGCUACUGAAGAAGCACAAGCACCUGAAGAAUGAAACAAUCAAGAACGGAGCCACCAUAGAUGCUCUAUCCAAACAGGCCUAUGCGCUGCCAGAGGAGCUACAAAACACCCCUGAUAUCCAGAGACGUCUGAAAGACAUUAAGGACCUGUACAUGGAGCUCAUGUCUCUGGCCGACCUGAGACAGAAGAAGCUAGAUGACGCUAUGGCCCUGUACACCAUCUUCAGUGAGACAGACGCUUGUGAGCUCUGGAUGGGCCAGAAGGAGACGUGGUUGGUGGGUUUAGAGGUGCCUAAGAAGUUGGAGGAUCUGGAAGUAGUACAGAAUAGGUUGAGCAUUCUAGCUCAAGAUAUGACAAAUGUUCAGUCGAGAGUGGAUGACGUCAACAAAGCCGUGAAACAGCUUGAGGACAGCAGACAUCCUCGCACAAGAGAGGUCAAAGAAUGGCAGACGCGACUGAAUAAGAGGUGGGAGGCCUUCAAGGCCAUGGUGGAGGACAAGAAGAGGAAAGUGGAUUCUGCUGUUAGUCUGAACAACUACGAGAUGGAGUGUGACGAGACAGAGUCCUGGAUCAAAGACAAGACACGAGUGAUCGAGUCCACGCAGGACUUGGGCAAUGACCUGGCAGCUGUCAUAACCAUCCAGAGGAAACUAUUUGGCAUGGAGAGAGAUUUGGCCGCCAUCGAAAACAAGCUUACCUUCCUGACGAAAGAGGCCGAACAGCUGGCUGAGGACCAUCCGGAGAACGCUGAUGAAAUCUUGGCCCGCAGAAGGGCGCUGGACACGGCCUGGGACACGCUAAGACAGACCCUGAAAGACCGAGAGGACUCUUUGGGUGAGGUCAGCAAGUUACAGAGCUUCCUCCAAGAAAUGGAUGACUUCCAGUCCUGGCUUUUCAAGACCCAGAAGUCCGUGGCUUCAGAGGAAAUGCCGGGCACGCUGCCGGAGGCCGAGGAGCAGCUCAGCCUUCACGACGCCGUGUGUGAAGACAUAAACAACCACGAAGAGGACUAUCACCGUGUGAGGGACACCGGUGUCCAGGUCACCCAGGGUCAGGAGGAUGAUCCUCAGUACCAGCAGCUGGAGCAGAGGCUGAACGGGCUGGACCGUGGUUGGGUUGAACUGCAGAAGAUGUGGGACAGCCGUAAGGGCUUCCUGGAGCAGGGUCUGGGCUUCCAGCAGUUCAUGAGGGAUGGGAAGGCUGUAGACACCAUCCUCAACAACCAGGAGUACACGCUGGCCCACAUAGACAAGCCCGACACCUUGGCUGGAGCAGAGACAGCUUUGAAGAAGCAUGAGGACUUUUUGAGCACCAUGGAGGCCAAUGAGGACAAGAUCGACGGCGCUCUGCAAGGCGGGCAGCGGCUGGUGGACGGCAACAACCUGUACUCGGGGAAAGUGCAGGACAAAAUGGAGUCAAUCCGAGACAGGCAUAACAAGAAUAAGAGAAGAGCCCAGGAGGUGUCAGAAAAGCUCGGAGACAACCGUGGCCUGCAGCACUUCCUGCAAAACACUCAGGAUCUGACCGUGUGGAUCAACGAGAAGAUGCUGACGGCUCAGGACAUGUCGUACGACGAGGCCAGGAACCUGCACAGCAAGUGGCUGAAACAUCAAGCCUUCAUGGCUGAGCUGGCCUCCAACAAGGACUGGCUCAACAAAGUAGACCAGGAGGGUCAGGAGCUCAUGGAGUCCAAGCCUGAGUUUGAGCCCAUCGUGAAGGAGCAUCUGGCCAAACUGCACGAGCUGUGGGACAAGCUGGAGUCCACCACCCAGGAGAAAGCCCGGCUGCUGUUUGACGCCAACCGCUCCGAGCUUCUCGACCAGAGCCUGACCGAUAUGAAGAAGUGGCUCGGGGGUCUGCAGCAGCAGCUACACAGCGGAGACGAGGACGUCAGAGACCUGACGAAAGCCAACAUCCUGCUCAAGAAGCAUCAGAUGACGGAGAACCAGGUGCGUAACCGGACGCGGGAGCUGGAGGAGCUCCAGGAGGCCGUCAGCAAGCACGGCGGAGGCAGCGAGGACCAGCCGGAGCUGGAGGCCGAGCAGCAGGCCCUGCAGAGAGACUUCCAGCAGCUCCUCACACCGCUGGCCCAGCGCAGGGGCAAGCUGGAGGCGGCCAAGGCUGUGCACCAGUUCUACAGAGACCUGGCCGAUGAGCUUCUGUGGAUUGAGGAGAGGAUGCCUCUGGCGAUGUCCCAAGAGCACGGCCACAAUCUUCAAACUGUGCAAAUGCUGCUGAAGAAGAACCAGACGUUGCAGAGGGAGAUCGAGGGCCACGAGCCUCGCGUCGACGAAGUGCUCGAGCGAGGAAGGACGAUGGCGGCGGCCGCCAGCGCAGAGGGCAGACCGGAGGCACAGCGAAUCGCCAACCAGCUGAGGGAGCUGGAGGAGGCGUGGGCCCGGCUUCAGGACGAGAUGGCCAAGCGCAGGGAGAGGCUGAGCGGCUCCAGCUCGGCCCAGCAUUACUACAACGACGCGGAAGAGGCCGAAGCCUGGAUAGGGGAGCAGGAGCUCUACAUGAUCGCGGAUGAGAAGGCCAAGGACGAGCAGAGUGCCAUGCUGAUGCUGAAGCGCCACAUGGUCCUUAAGCAAGCGGUGGACGACUAUGCCGGCUCCAUUCAGAGGCUGGCUGACCGUGCCCAAACAAUGUUUGCGGAGGACCAUCCUGAUGGUGAGGAGAUCAUCAGGAGACAGGGCCAGGUGGAUAAGCAGUACGCAGGGCUGAAGGAGCUGGCGGAGGACCGCAGGAAGAAGCUGGAUCACACCUUCCACCACUUCCUGCUGAGCCGAGAGGUGGAGUACCUGGAGCACUGGAUCACAGAGAAAGACAUGGUGGCCUCCUCGCAGGAGAUGGGCCAGGACCUGGACCAUGUCACGCGUCUGAGGGAUAAAUUCCGAGAGUUCGCACGGGAGACGGGGAUGGCGGGUCAGGAGCGCGUGGACAUGGUCAACGAGACGAUAGACGACCUGAUCGAGGCCGGCCACGCGGAGGCAGCCACCAUGGCCGAGUGGAAGGACGCCAUCAACGAGAGCUGGGCAGAUCUGCUGGAGCUCAUCGACACUCGCUCUCAGCUCCUCACUACAUCUUACGAACUGCUCAAGUACUUUGACGACGGGAAGGAGCUCGUGGCUCAGAUCCAUGACAAGCAGAAAGAGCUGCCCGAUGACGUAGGAGAGGACUUCAGCAAAGCCGAGUCCUUCCACAGGAUGCACGCCGCCUUUGAGAGAGACAUCACCGCUCUAGGCAAACAGGUUCAACAGUUCCAGGAGACGGCUUCGCGGCUUCACGCCCAGUACGCGGGGGGCCGAGCGGACGACAUCCAGGCCACAGAGCUGGAGGUGGUCGACGCCUGGAAGGGCCUGCUGGACGCUUGCGACGGCCGCAGAGUGCAACUGGUGGACACGGCUGAGAAGUUCCGCUUUUUCACCAUGGUGCGAGACUUGAUGGCGUGGAUGGAGAGCACCAUCCAGCAGAUAGAGACUCAGGAGAAACCCAGGGACGUCUCAUCCGUGGAGCUCCUGCAGAAGUACCACCAGGGGAUCCGCUCGGAGAUCGAGGCCAGGGGAGCAAAUUUCACCGACUGCACAGACCUCGGAAAAGCCCUCCUGACACGCAGGCACCGAGACUCUGCUGAGAUCAAAGAGAAGAUGGUGCAGCUGAUGGAGAAGAGGAAGGAGAUGAUGUUCAAGUGGGAUGACAGAUGGGACUGGCUCAGACUCUUGCUGGAGGUGUGUCAGUUUGCGCGGGACGCCUCUGUGGCGGAGGCCUGGCUGAUCGCUCAGGAGCCCUACGUGUCCAGUAAAGACCUCGGACACACGGUGGACGAGGUGGAGAAACUCAUCAAAAGGCACGAGGCCUUCGAGAAAUCCACCGCCACUUGGGAAGAGCGCUUCUCUGCACUGGAGCGCUUCACUACGCUGGAGUUGUUGGAGCUGAGGAAUCAGCAACAGGAGAUGGAGAAGUUCAUUAAAGAAGAGCAGCUCUCAGAGAAGGACAGCAGGAGAGAAGACACAGGUUUUGUAGAAGACUCUUCACAACUCUGCACUAUCGAGGAGCAGACUGUGUCUGGUUUCGAUGCCGUUGAGCCCAGUUCAGGUUUGCAGGAGAAGACGGCCGGUGACUCCACUGUGCUCUUAGUGUCGGAAAUGAGAGAGAGCGGUUCUCUGGAGCUGGAACCGUCUGUGUCAGUAAUGACCCAGGAAGAGCCAGAGAGGGCCGCCACCAUGCCCCUGGAGACCCUCCGAGCCCACACCGUGCUGCAGGAGGGAACGCUGAGCCGCAAACACGAUGUGGACGGCUCAGGGAAGAAGGCUUCAAAUAGGUCGUGGAACAACUUGUACUUUGUGCUGAAGCCGGGUCAGCUCUCGGCCUAUAAGGAUGUCAAGAGCUUCGGCCACGGGUUGACGUAUCACGGGGAGAACCCUUUGUCCCUCAGCGACGCCAGCUGGGAGAUCCUCACCAACUACAAGAAGAAGAAGCACGUCUUCAAACUACGUCUCGGAGACGGCAGUGAAUAUUUGUUCCAGUAUAAAGACGAGGACGAGCUCCAGCGUUGGAGCCAGGCCAUGGAGAAGGCCGUUCAGCCUCUGGCAGCGGAGGAGGCGUCGGGGCCCUCAGGGGCCAAAGCCCACAGCCUGCCCCCUCCCUCCUCCUCAACUGCCCUCCCUGAGCCCAGCUCUGCCAAAAAAGAAAAGGAGAAGAAGUUCAGUCGCUCUGCCAAGAAGAAGUGAGAAGAGGAUGAGACGGUCAUUGGGAGGAGAGAGAGAGGGGGAGGGGGGAUGUUGCCUUGGCAACCUGGAAAGAGAAAGUAGUAUUUGUGUACAAUCAGUCAAAGCCAGCUUUUUAAUCACUAGGUUUCUUUUUAUAUUAUUUAGCGAGAAUGAAGAUAAAUAUUGUAGUUGAGGUUAAAGCCUGUAUUUAAGCCGGUGUGUCGUUGCAAAGGUCCACUUUAUUUUUCUUUGUGUUCUUUUCAAACAAAUUCAAAGCAAUUCAAUUAAAAGCACAGGAAUGCUCCUUUUACACUCAACCAAAGAACGUUUGUAACACUUUUCUUUAGCUUUCAGUGUGUUGCGCUUUGAUAUAGCCAUGUACAAUACGAAGGCCUGUAAUGAACAGAGACUCAAGAGUACUUUUAAUAACCUGCCUUAUACAAUGGUUGUGAACUGUAAUACUGUGCUGUUUGAAUUUGGAGCACUAAAUGCUACUUCUAGAACCAGAGUGAGUUUAACGGGCUUUAAAGAGCUUUGUAAAUGCGGCGUAAGGACUUUGGUGAUGAGCAACGCGUAGUGUAGUGCAACACACACUCACACACACACACACACACACACACACACACUAAGUGUAAUUGCAGGCAUGCAAACUAAAUGCUCUAUGCACUGUGAAGAGUUUGACUGUUGAGGUUUUUAAUUGGUAACUGAUGACGUACGAGCGGUCGAGAGACCACGAUCGGUCAGUUUUGAAUACGGAUCUCGUCGGGUUGUAUUCUCAACCGAGCGGCGGUCGUAGUUAUUUCUGUGAACUUGAAAUAUAUUCAACACUCGUGUAUUGAACCCUAAAUUUCUAUCUAUUCAUUAACAUAUAUACAUAUACAGUAUAUAUAUCUACAGAUGCAUGACGUAUGUUUUACAUCAGUUUGGUGCUAUUGUGAUAUUCUUGAACCUUCAGUCAAGAGCAACUUGACCUGCCUUAUUUGUCUUCAACUUUGGCUCGUAGGGACACGCGUAUGGAAAUAUAGUAUCGUGUCAGCGUAUAUCUGAGGGGUGUUUCAUAAAUUAAGUUAAAAUUUAUUUUUUUAAAUGAACAAAACCACAAAUCCUGUGCAAGUAAAGUGAACUUUCUUUGGUUAAUAGGCGCUAAAAAUGUAUAAGAUGCUGUUUAACAACUUUGAAAGCGCUAGCAAAUAGCAUUUAUAGAGACUAAAGUUCUCAACAGACAGCCUCCAUAUGCUGAAAUGACCUACAGAUUAAAUACCUACAGGCUAGUCUGGAAGGAGACGUUUCAAAUGUCACCUCGGUGAGAGGAAAAACCUAAUCUGACUUUAUGAAACACCCCUCUGUGUCAAAUCAAAGACAAUAAGUUUUACAGUACCGGCCAAAGUCUAGGACAAGCUGUGGGUCGGAUGAAUCUUGACUGCUCUUCCAAACCACACAACAGGACCAGGCAUGCUCUAUAUAUCUAAGAAGGUGAGGGUCUUGCAGCAGCAGUAUGGAGCUGAGGGACUGUGUCUUUUUAAUAUGAAUGUAAAAAAGGAGGAGGAGAAGAAGGAAGUGGAAAAUUUGGUACGUUUCAACAAUAAAGCCAUUAUAGAAUAAGAAAUUCUAAUCGAUACAGGGAAUAUAAAGUAUGUACAGUAUUUGGAACUGCAUUUCUAGAUGUUCUCGUCACAUUGCACUCUCCCACUGCCGCCUUGCCUUUGUACUGCGUGUCCCUGAACUGUGAUCCGACUCAAGUGACCUCAUGAUGGACGUCAGGAGGAAGAGGACAUAAAGGUAGCAUCGUGAUCUCCGUCUAGAUCAACAAAAGGGUCAAAUUAGUCGUCAACAUGUGAUCUUCUUGUGGCCGUCUAAACAAGGAGCAUAUGUUUCUGUGUGGGCCAGAAGAACAUCACUCCUGCGCUACUGGUACCAGUACUCCCAACUCCUGUUGUUGCAUCACAUGUACUCUGUCACUAUAGUAACUCAGAUUCUGACACUUCCUGUCACCUCCCUCCACUUUGUUUAAUCCUACACUCCUUCCUAUCUGCCUUUUCUGUUCGGUGGUUUUUAAUCUGCAUUUUGUACUCUCUAGCUAUGUAAAAUAUCCAGAAAAUGUUGACAAGAAAUACAUUUUGAGAGAAUAAACUUUAAAAUAAACUCCUGAAACUAUA